UAUGAAGCUCUGCAGUGUGAGGUGUGAUGUCAAGUCUGAGCUCUAACAGCUCUCCGCACAAGUCUGAAGGAGGAACGAGGAGAGGCUGAAAACUUCUAAGGAGCCCAAAGACACAAAGGUUUGCAUCCUGAAAACAGUAUUUUUGCACCAUCUCUUUAGACAUGGAGUCAAAAACUGAUGGAUCAGCAUCAGUGACCAGCGGAGAACUGGCUGCUAUUGAGGAUGAAGAGGUUCUCAACAAGAUGCUGGAUAAUGCAACAGAUUUUGAAGAGAGACGCAUGAUACGUGCUGCACUGAGGGACCUGCUCAAGAAAAAGAGAGAUAAACGGGAGCAGGAUCGAGGGUCGAGGCAGCAGGAUUUGAGACAGCAGGGCCUGAGCAAAGGAGGGACAACAGGCGGCGGUGUCAGCGUCGGCAGAGCCUCCAUGAACCAGCAGCCACCCACAAACAAAUCAUCAGACCAGCCUUCUCCAUCAGCAGGCAGCAAGACCAGUCCUGCUGUGACCUCAGCCCAGAAAUGUCCUCCUGCUGCAGCACCUAACGUUAAAAAUGUCAAACAGAUGCUUCUGGACUGGUGCAGGGCCAAAACAGAGCCAUAUGAGGGGGUGGACAUCCAGAACUUCUCCUCAAGUUGGAAGGACGGCAUAGCCUUCUGCGCCUUGGUGCACCGCUUCUACCCUGAUGCAUUCGAGUACUCCAUCCUCAACCCUAACAAGCCCAGGGAUAACUUCCAGCUGGCUUUCAGCACUGCAGAGAGGCUGGCUGGCUGCCCCCCUCUGCUGGACGCUGAUGACUUAGUCAGGAUGAGAGAGCCUGACUGGAAGUGUGUGUACACGUACAUCCAGGAGUUCUACCGUUGCCUGGUGGAGAAAGGCCUGGUCAAAACAAAAAAGCGACCGUAGACUCUGGCAGCUUUCAGGAUCAGCUUCGGUUUUUAAAUUUUUACAAUUAAUACACACAUAACCGUAAAAAAGAUACUAUUAUGCACCUUUUUCAACUGAAUAUUUACAUUUUGUUUGUGAUCUUAGAGUUGGUCUUAAUUAUUUAGAGUGUCUGGCUGAUGCAUUAAGUAAAUGUAAAAGAACAGUGCCUAUAAUGUGUGUUUGUAUUGGUUUUGUGUAUUAGCAGAGACUUAUGGGUGUCUCAGUGCUCACAGUGGACAGCUGGCGCUUAGGAUCAGUACAUUCCUCUGAGAUUACACAUCUGCAUUAAUCCCAGUCAGAGCCAUAGAGAAUCUGGGAACACAUUUUAUCAUGAUGCUGUUGAGUGCCUGAGGGUGUGAGUAUUACAGACAC